AUGGGCCGUCUGGAGGUGUGCAUCUGCGGUGCGUGCAAUAUCGGCGGCACCCGAAAGGCUGGUAUUCCCGACCCGUAUGUGAAGGUCGUGAUGGGCGACAGGAAAAAGGCGCACAUCAAGUACAAGACCAAAGUGGUCAGUAGCAGUCUCAACCCCGUCUGGAAUGAGGUGCUCACAUUCCAGGUCGCCGACUACGACUCCGAACAGAUCGUUUUCGAGCUGUGGAACAAGAACGUCAUUGUAGACGACUUGAUGGGCGUCUAUGCGCUCUCUUUGAACGGCUUGACGCGCGGCGUUGUGAGCGAUUUACGGGUCAUUCUCACAGGCACGGGGCUCUCUUCGCCAGAGCUUCAUCUACAAGUACUGGCGGUAGACUUUGGCGUUGAUCCUCAGCCAAGCAGCAUGGUGGUGCGCUCCAUUAAGGAAUACAAUGCCGCUGCGGUCACAAACCCUGUAAUGACCGCUACCGAGAUGAAGAAGGUGACAUGUGCAGACGACUUUGACUCCGUCCAGAAGCCGUCAUCCAGCGAGCCGGCGAUGGGCAUUCCGCUACAGGCGCAGGUGGCGCCUCCACCGCAGCCUCUGCUGCAGCCGGUCUAUAACCAGCAGCCAACCUUUGUUCAGCAGGCCCAGCCCUACCCGCUGCAGCCCGCCCCGCCAGUCAUGUAUCUCCAGCCGCCUCCGCCUCCGCCGCAGGUCGUCUAUGUGCAGCAGGCGCAGCCUCUACCCCAUCCCAUCUACUAUCAGCAAGCGUCACCGCCAGGGAGCUACUACGGGGCGCCUCAACAGCCGUACCAGUGCAUGUACGGCCCGUCGCCGAUUUGA